AUGCCGAUCUUCUUCGGCAUCAAGAUCACACUGACCAUGAGCAUCUUCGGGUUCAUCAUCCGCUUCAAGAAAGAUGUCGUCGCAGCAAUGCUGAAAAGGGACGGCUUCUGCGCGACGAGGACAACGCACGGCUUCCUUCGGACGGUUGGCUCUUACGACAUCGUGAAGAACAUGAAGGAGGUCGUGAAGUUCAUGUGUCAGUUGGGCUUCUUCGCCAUGGCCUGCAACGGCUUCCAACACGACUUCCAGUUGUACACCCAGGCCACGAAGGACAUGGACGGCUUCUUCAAGAGGAUGUGCUGUCUGGCAAUCAUCGUGGCAACAUCCUCCAACUACGUUGCUGCCAGGGCGUUGGUUUCCCAAGUGACCUACGAAAAUCCGGUCAAGUUGCUGGGAUUGCCAAAGGUGAGGUACAGCUCCCUUGGAUGA